GUCACGUGCGACAGGAAGUGGCGCGCACUGCGGAGAACCAGAGAUGGGGACCUCCCUGGACAUCAAGAUUAAAAGAGCCAACAAGGUUUAUCACGCCGGGGAGAUGCUCUCUGGUGUUGUUGUCAUAACCAGUAAGGAUUCAGUCCAACACCAAGGAGUUUCUUUGACCAUGGAAGGAACUGUAAACCUCCAACUCAGUGCCAAGAGUGUGGGUGUGUUUGAAGCUUUUUAUAACUCUGUUAAGCCUAUCCAAAUUAUCAGCAGCACCAUUGAAAUGGUGAAGCCAGGGAAAUUCCCCAGUGGCAAGACAGAAAUUCCUUUUGAAUUUCCGCUCCACGUGAAGGGUAACAAAGUUCUGUAUGAGACUUAUCAUGGUGUGUUUGUCAACAUCCAGCCUCAGAAGGGGAAAGUGACUCCAAGUCCCGUGGAUUUCACAAUCACGCCCGAAACCUUGCAGAAUGUCAAAGAGAGAGCUUUGUUGCCCAAAUUUCUUAUUAGAGGACAUCUCAACUCAACUAACUGUGUUAUAACACAGCCAUUGACGGGAGAGCUGGUGAUCGAGCACUCAGACGCAGCCAUCAAGAGCAUAGAGCUACAGCUGGUCCGCGUGGAGACGUGUGGAUGUGCAGAAGGCUAUGCACGAGAUGCCACAGAGAUUCAGAAUAUCCAGAUUGCCGAUGGGGACGUUGGCCGCAGCCUCCCAGUGCCCAUACACAUGGUUUUCCCCAGGCUGUUCACUUGCCCUACACUGGAGACCACCAACUUCAAAGUGGAAUUUGAGGUCAACAUUGUUGUGCUUCUUCAUGCCGAUCACCUCAUCACAGAGAACUUCCCCCUGAAGCUCUGCAGGACAUAGCCCAUGAGGGGGUAUGGGAGACCAGCGUAGCCGAGCGGAAAUCCAGCUGG